AACAACAAUCGCUCGAAAUUCACGAGAGAAUCGUCGAACAAAACGCGUGCAACACAAUAAAGGGCAUUUCCGCUUCGUACAAUAAUAAUAUAGGAAGUGAAGUGGGGGCAAUAAUGACACCAUUAUAGUCCGGAAGCACGAAUCGCUGUGCCAGUGCUAAUAAACGAUGUUCAAAAGACGAAAUCGAACUGAAAGGUGUGCCAAAGUGCGAAAACUGGAAGAAGCAAUUCUGCCAACCGCCAAACUGAGAUUCUGUCCCGAGCAGCUCCAGAACUUGAACUACAUCUUCCAGAAACGGCUCCAGGAGAAAAUCGGGCAAAGUGCGGACAAGGCGCUCCUGCUGGCCAGGUCUGUGACGGAGAGGCUGGUCCAGAGGCUCGUGUGCUGUGCGGGGAUUUUGGACACGAGAUUUGCGUCCAAGUUUUUGAUUGCCAACCAUGACAGACUCACUGGAAAUUUGCCCUCAACUAACUUGGAGUAUAUACUCAGAAUUGACUCGCUUUCGACCCCAACUCUGUAUGAAAGUGACCCUAAACCUCGGUAUUCCAUUAUUGAAGCCGAUCCUGAUUAUCCUCCAGCUUAUGCAAGGCUGCGCCUCCACACAACUGCGAUCAAAAUGUGGGGGGAUUGCGCCAAUUCGGCUGGAUUUUUACGCCGUGACAAAGUCCAGGCCAAACUGGUCGAACUCUUGGCCCAAGCCUCAGCCAGUGAGUCUCCAAACUCUCCCUUGAACAUCGACGAAUCCAUUCUUUGUGCAACCCCCGGAAAAAUCGUCGAUGCAAACACACUUUACCAAAUUUUGAAAAUACCAAGUAACCGACACGUGUUUUAUGGACCUUCCGGAAACGUGCCACGGUUUCCGGACCCGAGAGAUUUCCGGUUGGCCAUCGUGGACGAACCCGGAGGCGCCCGGAUUAAAGUCGAGUUUUUAUCACCGGCUUUGGCCAACAUCACCAUAGAUGUGCGCAUUUUGAUAGGGAUUGGGGUCGAUUCUUGGCCUUCGACCACCGAUUUUCCCUCAAGGGUUACUCUGGGACAUACCGACUGUCUUUUGUACCACCAGGCGGCCCAAACUGGGAUGUACUUAAUUGGGUUCGGAGUGCAGUCCUCCGCCUGGCAAAUCCGGCUCCCAGCGGCCCAGGACACAAUUUUGAACCAUUACGGCCCUAACAGCACCGUCCGAACAAUCCUUGACGUUUUAUUCGAUGCUUUGGACGAAAUCGCCAAAAUUCGCCAAAUGAAAAAACAAUCAUCUUACAAAAUCCUCAACCGCUACAUUUUCCUGACAAUGCUCCUCAAACGGCUUGAGGAGACCUCAACCACUCCCUCCGACGACCUUUUGGACUGGUCCCCGAUGUACCUCUCCACACACGUCCUCAAAAUUUUGGACAAAACCAUCGAGAUUUUGCGCGAGCAAAACUACGCUAACUAUUUUUUCAAAAAGUCGAAUUUGUUGGUGAAUCCCGGACAUUUGUGUGAGGACGACUACGUGAUAGAGGCAAACAAUGUCAAGUCUUACAUUAUCCGGUUGUUUGACGAGGCUUUAAUGUCAACACGUGACGAUCAAGGGUUUAGUAAAGUGAUUAUGGCGCAAGAGAGCGAAACUUUGUUACUUUACAAGUGGAAGGAUUUGAUUGAUAGUCUUUUGCCACCGAGUGGUACAAGGGCAAGGCGGUUUUGCUUCAGAGGGUCCAAAAGCUACGAGGUUGCCUAUACUGAAUAUACAGGGCGGCAGCUGGAAUAUAUUGGGUUGCUUCUGCACAAUUUGCUCAACGUCAAGCAAGCAAUUUUGGCGAGCGAUACUUACAUGGCCGAUGACUCGGCAAUCAAAGUAGAGUCAACCAUUGAGGAAAGUCACCUAGAGGACGUGAUUUACCUCCUGGUGACCAUCAUGGACCAGGCCCGUGACAAGUACUUAUCAAGUCAAAAUAACCCCCCUGUGAAAAACCGUCCAAAAAUCAAAGCCCAAUUCAACUCCUACACCUCCAAAUUAGUCGACUCAAUCCGCAAGGACAAAGAAUCCUCACACUUAACAUUCGAGGACGACUUAAGCUUAGUCAAAGUGAUACUUAAGUGGCUUUACCGAGCCAUGGACCACAACAAGCGUUACUUAGCCCCGAUUUUGCGCCCUUACUUACAAACACUUUUCGCUUCCUCUCACUCCAUCUCCUGGCAUUUAGAUUUCAUCAAACAAAGAAUGAACCGUGACGAAGUCACAGCUUUGGGUUUUUUCGCCAAAUUGGUUAAUUCCGGGAAAAUAACCCCAGCGGAAGGGUUAAUAGACGCGGUUAACAAAAACUGGCUAUGGGCGCGUUCUAUGUUGAAAAUGGUCGAGAAAAACACCUUAAGGGUGGUUUUCGUGACUGGGAGGGGAAAAGUCUACCGACACAUCUUAUCACUACCCUCUUAUCAGCGCAAUAAAUCAACGGAGGAGGAGCAAGAUAAGAAAAAACAGCACACGUUACCAGCCAAUCGUAAUUAUUUUAGCACGAUUUUGAGCCAAAAAUUUCGGGAUGAUUUCCCCGAAGCUACUCCUCAGCACGAUGUGUUGAAAUUUUCAAGUCCUUUGACUCUGGUUCUGAAUGAAUCCAACCGGAAGGGACAACACCGCGGUUAUGGCGAUAUUUUAAAGUCCCUCCAGUCGAUGCAAAAAUUAAACAUGUUCCAGCAGGCGGCCUCAAGUUUGCCUCAGGAGGAUCGCUGUGAGAUCAUGGAGGUGGUUCAGACGAUGCAAUCGAUUAAAAAAUCGUCAAAAAAGUGGUCAAAUACCUUGCCACAGUCGCAUAAAGUUGCUCCAAAGUCGGAGAAAUAUACUCCCAAGGAGGAGAGUGCAGGAGUGAGAGAUGUGUGUCACAGGAAGCGGGAAGAUAAGCAAAGUGGGAGUUUGAUUGGGAGUUGUAGGGCGGCCAGGAUUCGGGAGGAUAGUAGUGUUUUGUUGUUCCAGGAUUCGUUUAAGAUUAAGUCGUUGUUGAAUAAGAGCGAGUCGUUUAAAUUUUAAUAAAGUUUAGCCAAGAA